AUGGGUCCGAAGCGCAUGCCCAAGGUGACGAGCCUCGCCUCGUCGUCAACGUCGGCCACUGCGCCGCAGCAGCGCAGGGCCAAUGCAUUCGGACCGGUGGACCCGUCAAGCUAUCAUGACUUUGACGAAGCCAUGCAGGACGGCGUGGAGCUCGAGGAGAAAGGUGAACGCUUUCAGUUUGGCUCCAAGGCUCAGCGCUUCUACGAUCAAGCUGGCACGCUCUACGCUCGGGCGGCUCGUCUGGCGGCAACGGACCCGACCAGACGUGCGGAUGCUCUUUACAAUGCCUCGCGCAUCCAGUUUCUGCUGGCUACGCAGUUCUCGCUUCCGCCCAACAAUCUGAGCCUCCUCGUCGAGGCCGUCAACACGGCCGAACAAGCAGCUCAACUUGCGCCUCCCUUGAUCGAUGCAGAUACAGCUGAUGCACCGCUGCCCAACCCCUUCACGCUGGACGCCCUCACUCACCUGGCCACUUGCUUGCAGACUUUGGGUGAAGCGGUCCAGGAGCUCGGCUGGCCACCCCAACUUCGGCCCCCUUCGCUUCUCCAACGGCAGUCUGCGCACUCUACCACUCCGGCAUUGCUCUGGCAGGAAGCGUCGGCGCUGUUUCAACGCGUGGCUGACGGACAAGCUGCCAUCCUCAAGGAUCAAAAGCUUGCCGAAACCGCGUCUGUCGAGCAGGACGAGUCUGAUAUGCUUGAACCGGAGCCGCAAAUUCCACAGCAAGACCAGCUUGGAGCUCCCGAAGAAGAUCAAGACGACGUAUACGGUUACACGUCUUCGUUGGUCACGCCGCCCUCCCUGGUCGAAACGCUGCUCUCUCUCAUGGCUUGCUUCAUCUCCUUGGUUGAAGUCGCACCUUCGCUGCCGGAGCUUCAGACUCGCAAUGCUGCAGCUGAGCAGGUCGCUGCGAGGGUGCACGAGACCAUCUCGGACUCGAUGACCUCCACAGGAUCCUCGGCUGAUGGAGCGCUGCUAGCAUCUUCAUCCGAAGAGAUGCGAGCCAAAUCUGGAGAGCUCGAGCGCACCUCGUUGGCGUUGCGAGUGGCACGCAUCGCCAGGGCUGUCGAGCUCGGCGCAGAGCCUGCGCAGCUCAGUAACGAGCUAGAGUCUGCUAUGCAAGCUGUUCAUGACUGGGCAACUCGACUCGUAGCUCCUCUGGCUGCGGACCAAGCAAGUCAAGUGCGUCAAGAUCUUGAUGUGCCAACCCUGUGCGAUGUGGGUGAGGCAGGACAGAAUCUUUGCCGCCUUUCUCUUCGCCUCGAGCCUGCGCCGAAUGCAGUGGCAGCCAUCUGGACAUUGGCGACGCUCAGCACCAAGCUCUACUCGCAGGCGCUCUCGGCGCUCGAUACUGCUUCGCGCGGUGGAGGCUCGGCCGCCGUGCUGGGUCAGGCCAACACAUCGACGCCUACGUCGCGCGCAAGAUGCCGAAUCCUUCUGGCGCUCUCAAGCUUUUCGCUAUUCCGCUCGCAUCCGGCCUUUGAGGCGGCUGGCAUCCCGGGCGCGAUGGGCACGCGCUCCAAGUUGAUCGACAAUGCGCGACUCUAUGCCAGGAAGGCUGCGACUGAGAUUGGUCUCGGCUGGAUCCUGCGUCCUGCUGCAUCUCGUGCCCCGACCACAGCAGUGCAGCCACCACCGGGAGGCUGGGAGAGUCUGUCGCUUGAAGCCGAGGCGAGCAUGCAUCUGCUCCGAGCGCUGCUAUUCCGUGCCAGGUUCAACGCUGCGGGGUUGUCCGACGGUGCUGCGGCUGCCGAGAUGCAGAACGAGCUUGUCCAACUCAUCCAGCACCUGAUUCAGCUCCGCCAACGGCCCAUCCAGGCCGACCUUACUGCCUGUGCCAGCUCGACCCAGCUGGCGCAAUUCAUGUACGGCCAAGGCAUCAAAACCUUUAUCGAUGGCAUCGUCGACGACCACGGGAGCAACGUCGUGCAAGACGAGAUCCCGUGGUGGACCGAACUUCUCUCUGGGCCGCUCGCCCAGGCGCCCUAG